AAGCGGAUCGCUGGGAUGUGAGCGCGCGCAGCCUCCGGAGCCAGAAACGACGCUCAGAGCGCAGGGAUAAACACCUUCGUGUUAUUAUCGUUAUCAUCAUAAAACUGAUCCUUACAGCUUCGGUAGUUUUUUUUUUUUACUUGUUUCCACGAUGGCUGUCCCGGAUAAGCUGCUCUCGUACCCAGUAAACUGACAGGAAGACUUUCCGUGCUGCAUCCCGUCUCCUAGAGCUGCAUCCCGUCUCCUAGAGCUGCCUCGCCUCUGGAAUUUAAAAUGCCUGCAGAAAACAGCGACCAGGAGAGCAUGCUGAGCUACCAGAGACCCGGUGAGGAGGUUGUUGUGGAUCAGGGUGGCACAAGCUCAGUCUUAAACAUCCACUAUGAGAAAGAGGAGCUGGAGAGUCAUAGGACACUGUUUGUUGGAGUGAGGAUGCCUCUGGGCCGUCAGUCUCACCGCCAUCACAGACCUCACAGCUCCAAACACCGCAGGAGAGAGAGGACAAGAACCGGGAGCCUAGUGCAGGAUAGUGACCUUACAGAGACCUCACACGACACACCAUCACAGAGGGUGCAGUUUAUUCUGGGCACAGAGGAGGAUGAAGAACACGUUGCUCAUGAGCUGUUCACUGAGCUGGAUGAGAUCUGCGUUAAAGACGGUAAAGACGCCGAGUGGAAGGAGACAGCCAGGUGGCUAAAGUUCGAGGAGGACGUGGAGGACGGAGGAGAGAGGUGGAGUAAACCCUACGUGGCCACUCUGUCUUUGCACAGCCUGUUCGAGCUGCGCAGCUGCAUCAUCAACGGCACCGUCCUGUUGGACAUGAGAGCCAGCUGCAUCGAGGAGAUCGCCGACAUGGUGCUGGACCAUCAAGAGGCAGCUCACGAGUUAGACGACAGUGUGAGGGUGAAGGUUCGAGAAGCUCUGCUGAAAAGGCAUCACCACCAAAGCGAUAAGAGGAGAUCCAACCUCCUGCCCAUGGUAAAAUCUCUGACCGACUCCGGCAGGAAGCAGAGUGAACCCCACAGUCUGGACAAGGCCGGUCAUGCCACAUCUUCUCAACCUUUUCCUGUAACUGCUGAAGCGAAGAACGGGGCAGGGCAGGAUACCGGACAAGUGGACCUCAGUAAGGUGGACACACACUUCAUGAAGAAAAUCCCUACCGGAGCUGAAGCCUCUAACGUGCUGGUGGGAGAGCUGGACUUCCUGGAGAGACCUAUCGUAGCGUUCGUCCGACUUUCACCUGCGGUUCUGCUAACAGGACUCACUGAAGUACCCAUACCAACCAGGUUCAUGUUCAUUCUUCUCGGGCCGGACGGAAAAGCUCAGCAAUAUCACGAGAUCGGACGAUCCAUGGCAACCAUAAUGACCGAUGAGAUUUUUCAUGAUGUAGCAUACAAGGCUAAGAACCGGAGCGACCUUCUGGCUGGGAUUGAUGAGUUUUUGGAUCAGGUGACUGUUUUGCCACCUGGUGAGUGGGACCCUUCUAUACGCAUUGAACCGCCAAAAAGUGUUCCCUCACAGGAGAAAAGGAAGAUGCCUGGCGUUCCCAACGGGACAUCUGGUCCUGCCGAGGAGGAGCCACUUGGGGAACACCACGGACCAGAACUACAGAGAACUGGGAGGUUGUUUGGUGGUUUGAUUCUGGAUGUGAAACGAAAGGCUCCCUUUUACCUGAGCGAUUUUAGAGAUGGGUUGAGUCUGCAGUGUGUGGCGUCGUUCCUCUUCCUCUACUGUGCCUGCAUGUCUCCUGUAAUUACCUUCGGUGGGUUGCUGGGGGAAGCGACAGAGGGACGCAUUAGCGCUAUUGAGUCUUUGUUAGGAGCCUCGAUGACAGGCGUGGCCUACUCUCUGUUCGCCGGUCAGCCGCUCACUAUUCUCGGCAGUACCGGACCUGUUCUGGUGUUCGAGAAAAUACUUUUCAAGUUCUGCAAAGAUUAUGAACUGUCGUACCUGUCUCUACGCACCUGUAUCGGCCUGUGGACGGCCUUCCUGUGUUUUAUCCUGGUUGCAACCGAUGCUAGCUCCCUGGUCUGCUACAUCACUCGCUUCACAGAGGAAGCCUUCGCUGCUCUCAUCUGCCUCAUCUUCAUCUACGAGGCCUUUGAGAAACUCAUACAUCUGGGAGAACUUUACCCUGUCAACUCACACAGUGACCUGGAUAAACUCACACUGGCCUACUGUAAAUGUGCAAUGCCUGACAACCCCAGUAAUAAAACUCUGACGAUGUGGAGUGAGACGAACAUCACAGCGUCUGAAGUGCCGUGGAGCAACCUCACUGUGAAGGAGUGUUUAAAUCUGCAUGGCCAGUUUGUCGGGACAGCUUGUGGUCAUCAUGGCCCCUACACUCCUGACGUGCUCUUCUGGUCAGCCAUCUUGUUUUUCUCCACCUUCUUCCUGUCUGCUUUCUUCAAGCAGUUCAAGACCAGCAGAUAUUUUCCAACACGGGUGCGAUCUAUGAUCAGUGAUUUUGCCGUCUUCCUGACAAUCGUUCUAAUGGUGCUGAUUGACUAUGCAAUUGGAGUGCCAUCACAAAAACUACAAGUGCCAAGCAAAUUUAAGCCUACACGGGAUGACCGUGGCUGGCUGAUUAACCCGAUAGGUCCGAACCCUUGGUGGACGGUUCUGGCAGCGGCAAUACCAUCCGUGCUUUGCACAAUCCUCAUAUUCAUGGACCAACAAAUCACAGCUGUCAUCAUUAACCGCAAAGAACACAAACUCAAGAAGGGCUGUGGCUACCACUUGGACCUGUUGAUGGUGGGGGUAAUGCUGGCUGUGUGUUCAGUGAUGGGCUUGCCGUGGUUCGUAGCAGCGACAGUACUUUCAAUCUCCCACGUGAACAGUCUAAAACUGGAGUCAGAAAGCUCCGCCCCUGGAGAGCAGCCAAGGUUCCUGGGUAUCAGAGAGCAGAGACUAACCGGCCUGCUCAUUUUCCUGCUCAUGGGCUGCUCUGUGUUUAUGACCGGUGCUUUACAGUUUAUCCCCAUGCCAGUGCUGUAUGGAGUGUUCCUUUACAUGGGAGCUUCAUCUCUCAAAGGCAUUCAGUUCUUUGACCGUCUGAAGUUGUUCGGCAUGCCAGCAAAACAUCAGCCAGACUUCAUCUAUCUUCGGCAUGUUCCUCUAAGGAAAGUUCACUUGUUCACCAUCACACAGCUCACCUGUCUUGUACUUUUGUGGGUCAUCAAGACGUCCCCAGCCGCCAUCGUCUUCCCUAUGAUGGUGCUGGCGCUGGUCUUCAUCCGUAAACUGCUGGAUUUCUGCUUCAGCAAACGGGAGCUGAGUUACCUCGAUGACCUUAUGCCUGAGAGCAAAAAGAAGACACUUGAUGAUGCGUCUAAAAAGGCAGAGGAGCAGGAGUCACAGGAGAUGCUGGUUGAUGACUCAGACAGAGGAGACGAGAAAAACACGGUGAGGAUCCCGAUGGAGAGCAGCAAGCUGAUACAGUCUCCUAAAACACCAGACCCAAGGACUGACCCCUCUGACAUCAACAUCUCAGAUGAGAUGUCUAAAACUACAGUCUGGAAGUCACUUAGCUCCAAUCACAAAGACACACAGCGUGCACCAGGUCUCAAAAAGGAUGGCCGGUGAAGAGCCACACAGGACCUGCGAAUUCAUCAAGCAGUUCAUUAACAUCGUUCUUUCUCUCUCUCUCUCUCUCUCUCUCUCUCUCUCUCUCUCUGAAACCCACACAAGAUACACACUACAUACCAUUAACCCUCCUUAUAGCCAUGAGGUGUGAGUGUGUAUACGAUGUCUGUGUGUUUAGUGUGUGCAUAGAGGAGUAUGAUUCUCUACCCCUGUUUCAUUUUAGCACUUUAACGCUGUCUAGAACGUCACAGUCACCGUACACAAAGCGUGGAUUUUAUUUUUAGGUGUCAAGAUAUUAAAUGUCUCCCAUUCCUGCUCAACAUGUGCGCUGUGGUGCGUCAUUGAAAUUAUUAAUAACCUCAGUAGUGAGAGUGAAAUUUCGAAGAAGUUGAGUAAAUGAAGUUUUUUUUUUUUUUUAAUAAGAUAGUGACCCAAAUUGUGCAAGCAGGUUUUAGAGUCUGAAUUACAAGCAGUUAAAGGGAUAUUCCAGUGUUUUUCAGGGUCUGCUCAGAUGUAUGUGGAUAUUUCUGAAAAAUAAGCUUGUCUGUGUUUUUGUCCCUGGGAAUGACUCAAGAUCUAUUGCAAACCUGACCAAGAUAUGAAUGAAUGAAUGAAUGAAUGAUUGAUUGAUUGAUUGAUUGAUUGAUUGAUUGAUUGAUAGAAUUUGACUCUUUCUGUUAUACCAUAUUGGUGUUUCUUCCCAAAUUUCUCCAUGGCUGCAUCUUAAUCAGCUCUCUAGCUCCCUAGGUGGUGAAUCAGUACAUCAUGUACUGCUCAGAACCGUAGCUCACUACAUGCUGGGACUCAGAUGACUCAGUUUCAAAGAUUGAAAUAACUACAUACUCACAUUGUUAUAAAACCUCACAACUACCAUUUAUCACCAACAGAAAGGUUUGUUAUCUCUCACAUUUUUUUUGAAAUUAUUUUUUCAAUGGUGCUUCCUGGAAGAUUGCAGGCUCACUAAUGGGUUCUUUUAAAAUCGUUAAACAAUUAAAAGUUGUAAGUCUACAACAAACUGUAUAUAGAAUAUCAAAUAAAGAGAAAAAUCAUUAAGUCAUCAUUUGAGAUUGAAAUGGAAAUCUGGAACAUUUUCUUGCCAGACCACCAGAGGGCAACCCUGCACAUUCUGAGUAACUCUUCUUUGGUCGUGUUUCAUUUCCCUCCUUUUAUUGUGUGUCCCUCGUUUUAUUGUGUGUAUCGACUGUUUCCCAGUCGAUCAGUCCACCUGUCUAAAGUCAAUUUGUGUUUGUGGGCCAUUUUGUUGUCUAGCUGCUGUUUCUUACCUGUGUGAACCCGUGUGUUUGCAGAGACCAGUUUAAUCUAGUUCUUGUGAAGUUUGUUCAGCACUGAAAUUAUAGAGAAAUCCCUCUCUUUCCUCUGCCUUCUUCUCUGAAUCAUGACAGAGAGCUAGGACAAAAAUAACAAGCAUCAUUUCCUGUUUUUUUCAGGCUGCGAGGCUUAUUAUUUCAGGGAACGUAGUGAGCAGCAAUGCUUCCUGGGUUUUUGUGGUGCAUUGUGGGAGUUAUUUAAUGAGCGAACCUUCUAGAAGGAUUUUGCAAUUGAGUGAGAAUGGAUUGAGUCGGGGGGGCACGGUGGCUUAGUGGUUAGCACGUUUACCUCACACCUCCAGGGUCAGGGUUCGAUUCCCGCCUCCACCUUGUGUGUGUGGAGUUUGCAUGUUCUCCCCGUGCCUCAGGGGUUUCCUCCGGGUACUCCGGUUUCCUCCCCCGGUCCAAAGACAUGCAUGGUAGGUUGAUUGGCAUCUCUGGAAAAUUGUCCGUAGUGAAUGAGUGUGUGUGUGUGUGUGCCCUGCGAUGGGUUGGCACUCCGUCCAGGGUGUAUCCUGCCUUGAUGCCCGAUGACGCCUGAGAUAGGCACAGGCUCCCCGUGACCAGAGGUAGUUUGGAUAGGCGGUAGAAGAUGAAUGAAUGAAUGGAUUGAGUCACAGCGUUUCUCUUCCGCUCUUGUUAUUCUUGCGUUGUUUAACGUAACCAUUUAAUAUCGCCACCUCCAAGGGGAAGAUGUUGACCUCCAACAAAGCCACCAAAUCUUCCUAUAUUCUACCUGGGAUUUUCAACAAGAUUUUUUUUAUCAAUGUGGCAGCGACGAAACGUUUAGAAAAACAUUAGGUUGUAAAACACUGGACUAUUCCUUUAAUUCUAAUAGUAACAUGAUAAUAAAAACCCUCUGUUUUGAGUGGAUGCUUUCUGUUAGACAGCAGUGAAAAUCAGCAAUAAAGGACAAUAACAGAUGAUAAUCAAUCAUUUAAAAAAAUCUGAGUAAUAAAAAUAAAAUAUAUACAAAAAGCAGCUAUGAAGUGGAAGAAAACUUAUCAGAUUAUUUUUUAUGCUUAUGUAUUUAAUCCAGCUCUCCAUCAACACCCUUCUUAUCGUUCUUUACCAAGCUUGGGCAGAAAAGAAAACUUUCAUGUACUUGAAAUAACGGUAAGCGAUUAAAUAAAACGUUGAGGUUUAUUUGUUAUAUAAAUUUAUGUAUCCGUCAGUCAGGGUGUCGUUGACGGUUGUUAAGGGUUUGGUCAUCGUGUUGAGGUUAAAUGACAACAUUAGCUUUGCUCAUCAAAGGAAAACUCCACCCUGAGUCAAAUUAAACAUUUAUUAUUAUGAUGAAAUGUUUGUGUUGUUGAUUCUGGUGCUAAAUUUCCAUAUUAAGCAUUAUUCGCUUAAUAUUAUCUGCAUGAUAUGGGCAAAGCCCCGCUGCAUCGGUGAUGAGCAAAUCCUGCUGCUCCACAAUCACCAGGAAUUGUGGUUAAUGUAGGAAAGUGUUUCAAAUUAAAAAUAAUAAAAAAAAAAUAUUGAAUUAUCUUUCAGGGUGGAGUUUUAAAACAGAUUUUAGAGGCUCUUUAAUACUCCUCAGGGUUUAAAGUUCAGGCGUUUGGUUAAAGCCACAGCUGAGUUGAUUUUUAAAAGCCAUUUAAAGGAAUACUCCAGCAGGUUUUAAACUAAUGUCCAGUCCAAUGCCAGUGACUUCCAAUGUAAGUGAAUUCGGCUGUAAGUAUUUUAACUCGUUUCAUUUUACAGAGGAAACAAUAAAAUUCAGUUACAUGGAAGUAAAUGGAAAUGAAAUGCAAUAGAAAUGUAUGAAAAAAAUGCUGGAGUCUCCUUCAUUGAUUGUGCACAGGAUUUUUU